GUGCUCAUGGCUUCAUCAUCGUCUGCUUCGUGCUGUUUGUCUUUUUGAUUUUAGUUUUCGUUUUGGUUUUGCUAGUUCACCGGAUAUUUAUUCAAUUCGAAUCGAAGUUGGAGAAUAGAACAUUUUGUCUCGCAUUCGUGACAACAGUAUAAUGAAUCCAAGUUACGUUGCGCGAAAAUGAUUCGUUAUAGAAUUAUUAUUCUACCGGCUGGUCCAGUGUUCAGGAUUCUGUAGUUCAACGGUUCUCGAAAAGAUUCUGAAAAUAUUUCCAAUUAUUGCGAAUACCCGAUUGUAAGAUUGUAAUUGUUUCCUCGAGAGAUAUGGCGGACAAAAGAAAAGGACGCAAAGUUGCUCCGGUGAAAUUAUCCAAAGGCGUGAUACUGACUGAUACAUUCAAAGUCAGUUGGUCGAUAAUGGAACCAAUCGGCGCGGGCGGUUUCGGUGUAAUUUACAGCGUGAAAAAACAAGGAUCAACCGAAUCAACGACGUACGCCGCUAAAGUAGAACCGCACGGUAACGGGCCUUUAUUUGUGGAAAAAAAUUUCUUCAUCAGAUUUCUAAAACCCGAAUUGAUCGAGGAUUGGAAGAAAAAAAUGAAACUGUCGUUUCUCGGUUUGCCAAAGUACAUGGGCAGCGGAACUCACGUGACGAACAACGUCGAUCAUCGAUUUCUAAUUAUGGAAAGGUUUGGCGAUCCUAUCAGCAGUCGACUCAAAGGCGCUGGCGAAUCGAUCGAUCUCAAAUUAUUGACUACGUUUUGUUCGCAAAUCAUCGAUUCUCUAAUGUACAUUCACGAGAAGGGAUACGCUCAUAUGGAUAUUAAACCGGAGAAUCUAUUGUUGAAAUAUAACUCGAAAAAUGACCAAGUUUACCUCAUCGAUUUCGGUAUUAUAGAUAAAUAUACCACCGAUCCGGUAUUUAAACCGGAUAAGAAAAAACAGCAUAACGGCACGCUGCUGUACUGUAGUAGAGAUAGCCAUUCGGGAGUCGGAACUAUGCGAGGAGAUUUAGAAAUACUCGGUUAUAAUAUUCUAGCUUGGUGCGGUUACGAAUUUCCAUGGUCCAAGUGCCUAAAAACGCCCGCCGUUGUGCAUCAAAAGAAAAUCGACUUGAUGUCGGAUUUGGAUUCUUUGAAAAAUCGAGUUCCUACUAAUAUCGUUAAUUAUCUGAAGUACGUUAAUCAGCUACGACACGACGAAACGCCGGAUUACGAACGUGCCAAGAGUGUACUGAGAAGCGUUUCAACUGAUUCCGGCACACCCAAACGACGUAAACGUAAUGCUACAAAUGACGAAGUGCUCUUCGACAGCUCUAACGGUGACCCAAUACAAAGCGUAGACGUGAAAUUACCUCGUACAAGAAGCAGAAAUAUUCCGGAUGAAAAUGAUAUUACGUCAAAGAUAAGUAAAAAUAUUAGAGGUAAGGGACGUUCCGCUUCAUCCAAGAUGAAAUGAGCAUUUUGAUAUUUCAUCAACUGUUCUCCCCCUCCUCACCCGCCUCUCUAUCAUUAUAAUUAGCCGAGUUUAUAUUUUGUGAAAACCGAUGUUGGUAAUAAUAUGUCCGCUGAUUGUUUUCUCAUUUUGACGUACGUCUCAAACUGUUGCUGUCAACCUUGUUUCGUAUUAGUUGUAUCGCGAUAAUCGUUCUAAUUUUUAUGUAAUAUCCUUUUUUCUAAGUUUUUUUUCUUAAUUUUUUUAAAAAAAUUGCGUAAUAACAUUUUGUGAAUAAACAGUAUUACUGCUCGUGAA